CCAGGAAGUGAGCCCAGGUCUCUGCAUUGUAGGCAGAUUCUCUACCAUCUGAGUCAUCAGGAAAGCCCAUAUGAAAUGUUGAGAACAGGCAAAUCCAAAGAGAGAAAGCAGAUUCAUGGUUGCCAAGGGCAAGAAAAGGGAGUAACCACUAAUGGGCAUGGAAUUUCCUUUUGGAGGAUGAAAAUGCUCUGGAGCUAAACAGUGUUGAUGGUUGCACAGCACUGUAAAUGUACUAUAAGUGUACUGAAUUCCAUCGAGUUGUACAUUUAAUCUGAUGUCAUGUGAAUUGUACCUCAGUUACUCAAAUGACAACAACAAAAGGAAGCCCCAUGAAACAAACCCAGAGGUAGAAAAGGAGGAAGAAGAGAAAGGUGAGGCGUCUAGAACCCUUCUCUGAGCUGAGUGUCCUCACCUAUGACACGGUGAUGCUGAUGUUCCCAUACCCCAGCUGGCCUGAGUGGUACGUGAAUUAGUGUUCCAUAGAAUGCUUAGCACAGUGGGCACUCAGAAUAAAAGUGUUGGUUGCUUCUUCUCUAUUUCCGUGUCUAAAACUCAUUGUCCUAGCUAUUUCCUUUAUUUCUUGUGACUGUGAUUAGUGGCUCCAGCCAGACCGUCUGUUCUCGUAAGGUCUCACUCCUCACUGUCUGUGGCAGCCGCUCCACCAUCUGGUAUGUUGUCCUGCCUCCCAUGCUAAAGGCCAGCGUGGUUCUUGGGCCACUGCCACAGAAACCCCUAAGGGACCCACCUACUGAAUCAGACUCCCUGGAGAUGCUUGGUCUGGGAAAAUCGGGGUGGGGGGGCGGUCUGCAGUUUUAAUGUGUUCCAGGCGCAUUAAAGUCUGAGACAACUGUUUCCAUUUAUUCCUAUCUUUGCCAUCUCUUCCGGGGGAAGUCUGCUCAGACCCCUUCCCUGAGAAUUGUUCUGAUACCCAGAGGGCUCCUUACUUGUGUCUGGUUCUGAGUGUCUGGGUCAAAGUCACUUUGGGUUCUGCUGGGUCUGCUCUUUCCCAUUGGACUGGGGAACUCCCAGGGACAGACGUCUGCCCCCCCCACCCCUACCCCCAUGCCUCCUGUUACCCUGGCUCCGCCUGAGUGUAGGUUGUCCUAGGGUGCUGCAGGAAGUCAGACAUUUUAAUUUUAAAAUCCUUAGAAUCCUGUUUCCUUCACUUCUACACAUGCCUGAGAGCCCUUAGCUUCUCUCUCUUCCUACCAUUCUACUUCUGACUUUCUGGGAUGAUAUGGAAAUUGUCUUACAUUUUCACAUCAGCCUUUGCUUUUCCCAUCUCAUCUCACUCUGCAGAAUGUGUAGGUGUGGGCCAGCCCCCACCCCACCCUGACAAGUCAUCAUGGAUCCUGGAGCCGGGCCAGACUCAUCUCUGACUGUCAAUGAGCAGGUCAUCGUGAUGUCAGGCCAUGAGACCAUCCGAGUUCUGGAGGUUGGAGUGGAUGCUCAGAUCCCUGCUGAGGAGGAGGGCAAAGCGCUGGAGGCUGUGGCCACCGAGGGCUCCCAGAGUGGAGGCCCUGCUGAAGCUGGUGAAGCUGCUGGUGAAGCUGGCCCAGACAACCCAGACUCCUCCGUGGAGGCAACUGGUUCACUCCUUGUCCCUCUCUCUCCCAAUGCUGCAUGAAGUGAAGUCGCUUCCGGGGAUGCCUUCGAGCCCUGCCCCUGCUGUUGCCACCUUCAGCCAAGCUCCAUGCCAGCCUCAGGCAUCACAGACCCUGACGCCGCUGGCUGUACAAGCUGCCCCCCAGGUCUUGACUCAGGAAAACUUAGCCACAGUUCUGACAGGAGUUAUGGUUCCAGCAGGGGCAGUUACUCAACCUCUUCUUAUCCCCAUCAGUAUUGCAGGUCAAGUGGCUGGUCAACAGGGGCUGGCCGUGUGGACAAUUCCUACUGCAACCGUGGCUGCCCUCCCAGGACUGACCGCUGCUUCUCCCACGGGGGGAAUUUUCAAGCCACCUUUAGCCGGUCUCCAAGCAGCUGCCGUGCUGAACACCGCUCUCCCGGCGCCUGUACAAGCCGCCCCACCGGCCCAGGCCUCCUCGCCUGCCCAGCCCCGACCACCGGCUCAGCCCCAGACGCUGUUCCAGCCCCAGCCACUGCUGCAGGCCACACCGGCCAUUCUACCACAGCCCACUGCUGCCACCGCCACUGCCCCCACCCCCAAGUCUGUGGACACCCCCACACAGAUCACCGUUCAGCCUGCAGGCUUCGCAUUCAGCCCAGGAAUCAUCAGUGCUGCCUCCCUCGGGGGACAGACCCAGAUCCUGGGCUCCCUCACCGCAGCUCCACUCAUUGCCAACGCCAUUCCCAGCAUGCCGGGGAUCAGCAGCCAGAUUCUCACCAACGCUCAGGGUCAGGUUAUUGGAACACUUCCGUGGGUAGUGAACUCCGCUAGCGUGGCGGCCCCAGCACCGGCCCAAAGCCUGCAGGUCCAGGCUGUGACCCCCCAGCUGUUGUUGAACGCCCAGGGCCAGGUGAUCGCAACCCUGGCCAGCAGCCCCCUGCCUCCUCCUGUGGCUGUCCGGAAGCCAAGCACUCCUGAGUCCCCUGCUAAGAGUGAGGUGCAGCCCAUCCAGCCCACACCAGCCAUGCCUCAGCCAGCCGUGGUCAUCGCCAGCCCAGCCCCAGCGGCCAAGCCUGCUGCCUCUGCUCCCAUCCCGAUCACCUGCUCAGAGACCCCUACAGUCAGCCAGCUGGUGUCCAAGCCACAUACCCCAAGUCUGGAUGAGGAUGGGAUCAACUUAGAAGAGAUCCGGGAGUUUGCCAAGAACUUUAAGAUCCGGCGGCUAUCCCUGGGCCUCACACAGACCCAAGUGGGUCAGGCUCUGACUGCAACGGAAGGCCCAGCCUACAGCCAGUCAGCCAUCUGCCGGUUUGAGAAGCUGGACAUCACACCCAAGAGUGCCCAGAAGCUGAAGCCGGUGCUGGAAAAGUGGCUGCAUGAAGCUGAACUCCGGAACCAGGAAGGCCAGCAGAACCUGAUGGAGUUUGUGGGAGGCGAGCCCUCCAAGAAACGUAAGCGCCGCACCUCCUUCACCCCCCAGGCCAUAGAGGCUCUCAAUGCCUACUUCGAGAAGAACCCGCUGCCCACAGGCCAGGAGAUCACCGAGAUUGCAAAGGAGCUCAACUAUGACCGGGAGGUGGUGCGGGUCUGGUUCUGCAACCGGCGCCAGACGCUCAAGAACACCAGCAAGCUGAAUGUCUUUCAGAUCCCGUAGGGCUCAGCCCCCAGCCCUAUGUCCCAGCACUUUGUACCUCCCCUUGGCAUCCGGCUCCGGCUGCCACCCUGUGGCCUCUGCCACUCUGCUGCCUGUGGCUGUGUUUGUCCUGGGUUGUGAGACUCCACCGUGCACCUGUGUGUCAGCUGCCUCCCUUCUCUUCCCCGUGCCAUCCGCAUCCCAGGGAGGGCAGUGGGGCCCACCUGAGACCUCCAUGUUUGGGGCUGGUCAUGCCGAAGGAGGGGACUUGUCAUGUCACUUAAAGAAGCACUUUGCUGAUGUGGGUUUUUGAAGGGUGAAUUCUGGCUGGGAACCAGAGGCUCCCCAUCUUUGGGACGGGGCUGUAGUAGCCUCCAGGACCACUGGCCAUUAGCUCUUGUUUUUGAUGGCACUCUCUCCACUGUCUCUUCUCUGUUCCUCUGUGUGACCUUGGUAGGUACAGCGGCUCGUCCAGUGGAACCACAGCCUCACCCACCUACCCUCUGCCUGCAGGCACACUGUCCCCCGACAAAAUCCAAGAGAUCUUGUUCUGAAAAGUGUGAUGUGCAGCUCAGAAAGUCAGAUUCCAUGUAUGCCUUGACCUCAAGGUCAGAAGGUUUCCAUAGACCUGGGGCCAGAACACAUGAUCACUCCCAUCUCUCCUUGGCUCCUAGCUAGGGAAAAUUUCACUAAAGCAGAAUUAUUUUCUUUUAUACAUCAUGUUGGAAGAAAUCAGCAGUGAACUCUAGCUGUCCUGGAGUUGACCUGGGCCUAUAGCAGGUUGUGAAGUGAAAGUCACUCAGUUGUGUCCGACUUUGCGACCCAUGGACUGUAUAGUCCGUGGGAUUCUCCAGGCC